AUGGAAAGCACAGCCAGACACGGCCAGGCUGCCCAGCUCUCGGGCACCUUCCCAGAGGUGACUCAUGGGUCCUCUCGACAAGCGCGCGAGGGGCACAGAGCAAGGAACGCCCCUUCAUUGAAAGAUGAGGAGCUGGAGCCUCAGAGAAGUCCCAAGAAUGGCACGGAAAACAGGGCAGUCUCAAAAGCAAUCUGCCUCGCAAAGCUGUCGGAGCCGCUGAUAAAAGGAGAAAGAAGCAAGGCUGUGGGCCAUGUGAUAAGCGAGGGCGCCGCUCUGCAGUGGGAGAGCGGGGGGAGAUGGCUGCAGAGACGCGAGGGGGUGUGCGGGUGGAAGCGGAAGGGCCAGGGUUGUGCCUUGGUGUCCACACUCGCCUCGCAUUCCCAGGGCAGCUCUAAUGGCCACUGCGAGCCCAGCCAAGCCUCCCAAGCCUCUAAGCAACCCCAGGCCCUCAAGAGCCCCCUCCCGGGGUGA